UCGGACUCGACAUCCCAGAUUAAAUUCUUUAAAUAUGACUAGAAGUCCAACAUACAUCGACGAAGUUACUUUAAAUGCGAUGAUAACUACGGGAAUGAUGGAGGCACUAGGACCAUUACAUUUCACACAGUUUAGAGUUCCAAAUAGACAACUAGUGAGUGAAACCAAUUCAGCAGACGCGAUUGAAGUGGAUUAUAGAGUAGGAUGGAUGCCAAAGAAUAUGAAGUUGUCGAGUGAUAAGAAAGAGAUAAACGAAGAAGGAACUAAAUUUAAAUGUAUUGAUAAAGAUCUACUGGCUGAAUUUUUACGCGACGAAGAACCCCCGAAAAAAGAUCCCAGAUUUUUGUUACCGAAAUUAAUAAUGGCCGAAGGGGAAUCACCAAAAGAUAAAAAUAUCGCCGAUCAAAGACAAGAAUCGAUCAUGCAAUGGUUCGAUCGGACCGUGGAGAGCGAAUUGAAACGACGAAAAGAUAUAUCGUCAAACGAAAAUAUACCGUCAGGUUUGACGGAUACGAUUAUGCCGGCUAAGGAAUUAAAUUUUCAAAAAUCGGUUGUGGAAAAAAUGGCGGAAGCGUCUGCUAGUCGUAUAGAAACGAUAUCGCAGAUGUCGAUGAUACCGGAUACGGAAUUGCAAGACGUUGUCGAUAAAUAUGCUAAAGCGGAGGCUAUGUGUACAUUUGCAGGAGCCGUAAAGGCAGCCGAAGCGGCUGCAGAGGCCGCUCCCCCCGAACUUGCCGAAGAAGCAGCAUUGGCCAGUGCCAGAAUAUAUCAAAGUGAAAUGAAUGGAAAUGAGAUUAGUGAGCAAAUCCAAGGUAUUAGACCGAUGCAAGUGAUCGGGUAUAUCGGUGUAACCAAACCGAAAUAUCCAGUUAGGCCCGAAAAAAAAUAACACUCAUCGUAUUCUCUAUAGUUUUUUUUAUAAAUAUUACAAUAAAUAUUUAUUAAUUUGAUUUUUUCUUUUUAAAAAGUCAAUUGCAAGUGGAUAAGUUUAUUUUAAUGAAUUGGUUUGUUAAUAAUACUAGGCAACACUGAAAGUUACUCGAACCAAAUCUUUUGUGCAUUUUAUGGGUAGCGCAUCAAAAGGUAACACAUCAAAAUCUAUGAUCAAAUUAAAAUAGAUCUUCUUCAAGCAGCUUUUGACGCUAAUUUCAAAAAUUCGCUUUUUUCGGCCACGUCUGGUUAGCUCGCAAAUCUUUUAGCCCCAAGUACAUUCUUUCCAUGACAUCGUUAUAUUCCUGAUCUAAUGAAA